AUGUCAUCGUCACAGCAACCACUCGACCAUGUUCUUGUUACAAUUCCCGGCGUCUUCGUCCACCUCAUACAGAAUUACUCUAGCCUCCAACUUGCUUCCGGCGAUCUCACCAUAACCACCAUAAACGAAGCUGAAAGCGUUGUCGCUGUCAUCGCUCGCGUCGGCGACCAAGUUCAGUGGCCGUUGACGAAGGAUGUUUCCGCUGUAAAACUCGACGAGUCCCACUACUUCUUCACGCUUCGCGUUCCCAAUAAUAAUCAGAAAGAAGGAGAGGAAGAUUACGAUGUGUUGAGCUAUGGUUUGACCGUGGCUUCAAAGGGUCAAGAGGGUGUCCUGAAGGAACUCGAUGAGGCUCUGGAAAGGUAUAGUAUUCUUUCAGUGGAGAAGUUGGAGAAUGUGCUAGGAUGGGAGGUGGUGGCGCCGAGGGAGACCUCGCCGGAGGAGAUGAAGAUUUCCGGCGAGAAGAGGGAGUUGGUGGAGGAGAGCUCUGCAGCUUACUGGACCACGGUGGCACCCAACGUGGAGGACUACAGUAGCCGGUUCGCUCGGUGGAUAGCCGCUGGUUCGGGGCAGGUUGUGAGGGGGAUUCUUUGGUGUGGGGAUGUUACUGUUGAGAGGUUAAAGUCCGGCAAUGACUUCUUCAAGAGGAGGAUGCAACCUGCUUCUUCCCAAUCUCAGAUUAGUCCUCGAGCAAUGGAGAGCCUGAAAAGGGUUAAGAGGUUGACGGAGAUGUCAGAGAAAGUGGCCAUAGGUGUCCUAUCUGGGGUGGUGAAGGUGCCUGGGUUCUUCACAAGUUCUGCAGUGAAUUCUAAAGCAGGGAAAAAAUUCUUUAGCUUUCUUCCGGGGGAAGUUGUUUUUGCUACCAUGGAUGGAUUCAAUAAGGUGUGUGAUGCUGUGGAAGUAGCUGGAAGGAAUGUAAUGUCUACUUCAUCUGUUGUUACCACAGAACUUGUUUCCCAUAAAUAUGGAGAGGAAGCAGGUAAGGUGAUAAAUGAAGGGCUUGAUGCAGCGGGGCAUGCAAUGGGGACAGCAUGGACUGUAUUCAAGAUUUGGAAAGCACUCAGAUCAAAGAUAUAG